GAAGAAAAUACCUAUGCCACUGUGGAGGACACUGUCAAUAGAGUCCCCGUGUGCCUUGCUACAGAAGUUGAUAGUAUACUCUGCGUGAGUUGGAGAAUUACGGACAGAGGAAAAGAUGCAGCAAGGGUCAUGCAAUGUUUUCCUGGGAAACAGAUGACUUCUGCCAAGUCACCUGGGGAGACGAGGAAAUAUAUUGCUAACCCUUUCUCUUGGAAGACUAAAGGUACAAUUCAUCUGAGGCUGAACCAAAAUUACUAAAUUUUGGCAAAUGAAGAUGCUGCUGCUGUGGAAACAGCUAUUCCUGCUAUCACUUGUUGGCUGUCUUGGAGAUUUUGAAAACUCCAGAACUAAAAUAAGAAGCACAGUAUCAGUUCGAGAGGGGCAGGGAGUUGUGCUGCUUUGUGGAACACCACCUCAUUCUGGAGAAUUGUCAUUUGCUUGGAUCUUCAACGAAUAUCCAUCAUUUGUACAAGAGGACAGUCGGCGAUUUGUGUCUCAAGAGACUGGUCACCUCUACAUAGCCAAAGUUGAACCAUCAGAUGUAGGAAAUUACACCUGUGUUGUAACCAGCACUGUGACAAAUAGCAAAGUUCUUGGUUCACCAACUCCUCUAGUGCUCCGCAGAGAUGGUGUGAUGGGAGAAUACGAACCGAAAAUAGAAGUUCAGUUUCCUGAGACACUUCCUGCAGCUAAAGGUUCAACUGUGAAGCUAGAAUGCUUUGCACUAGGAAACCCUGUGCCUCAGAUUAACUGGAGAAGAACCGAUGGUGUGCCGUUUCCAAGUAAAAUAAAGCUAAGGAAAUCCAAUGGCAUGAUCGAAAUUCCUAAUUUCCAGCAGGAGGAUGCAGGACUAUAUGAAUGUAUUACUGAAAACUCAAGAGGAAAAAAUAUUGCAAGAGGCCGUCUCACUUAUUAUGCAAAACCUUACUGGGUCCAGAUUAUAAAAGAUAUUGAAGCUGCUGUAGAGGACACCUUAUACUGGGAUUGCAAAGCCAGUGGGAAGCCCAAACCAUCAUAUAGGUGGCUGAAGAAUGGAGACCAGCUCUCAGUAGAGGGAAGGAUCCAAAUUGAAAAUGGUGCACUUACAAUAUCAAAUCUAAAUCUGACAGAUUCUGGCACGUACCAGUGCAUAGCUGAAAAUAAACAUGGUGUCAUCUAUUCAAGUGCAGAGCUCAGGGUUGUAGCUUCUGCUCCAGAUUUUUCCAAGAAUCCAAUGAAGAAAAUGAUUCAGGUUCAAAUAGGCAGCACAGUUAAUUUUGAAUGCAAUCCAAAAGCUUCCCCUAAGGCUAGAUGUGUGUGGAAGAAGGGAGGUGAGCAGCUCCAAGAAAACGAAAGAAUCAUGUUAUUAAAUGAUGGAAGACUAAGAAUAGCUAAUGUGACUAAAGUCGAUGCUGGAAGCUACACUUGCCUGGCAGCAAACCAGUUUGGAACAGCUAGUGGCACAACAAACUUAAUAGUUACAGAGCCAACAAGGAUUACUUUGGCACCUUCAAACAUGGAUGUCACUGUUGGAGAAAGUGUCGUCUUGCCUUGUCAAGUCCAGCAUGACCCAAUACUAGACAUUACCUUCACCUGGUAUUUUAAUGGAACGCUCACUGACUUCAAAAAAGAUGCUUCUCAUUUUGAGAAGGUUGGGGGGAGUGCAUCAGGCGAUUUAAUGAUUAGAAACAUCCAGCUGAAGCAUAGUGGAAAAUACGUUUGUACGGUGAAGACAGAAGUGGAUAGUGUAUCAUCUGCAGCAGACCUUAUAGUACGAGGCUCACCUGGGCCCCCUGAGCAUGUCAAAGUGGAUGAAAUAACGGAUACCACUGCUCAGAUCUCCUGGCAAGAAGGCAUAGAUAACCACAGCCCAGUAACCGCUUAUACCAUACAAGCAAGAACACCUUUUUCAGUGGGCUGGCAGAGAGUCACAACAGUUCCUGAUGUAAUUGAUGGAAAAACACUUACAACCACAGUAGUGGAUUUGAAUCCUUGGGUUGACUAUGAAUUUCGUGUAGUUGCCAGUAACAAAAUUGGAGGUGGAGAACCUAGUUUACCCUCAGAAAAAGUAAGAACUGAAGAGGCAGAUAUAUGUAACAAACAGGGUUCAAUUUAUGAGCUUGUGACAUUCCACAAGCUUGCAGAAGGCCGUCUGCCUACCACAGCGAGGCAAACUAGGAAGCUGAAUGCAGCAAGGGGCAUGGGCUUCCCCGGCCCAUCUGCCUUGAUGUACAGAAUGUUUCCUGAAAUUCCCCCAUCUGAAGUCAGUGGGGGAGGAGGCAGCAGGUCUGAACUGGUCAUAACAUGGGAUCCUAUUCCUGAAGAAUUACAAAAUGGAGAAGGCUUUGGAUAUGUUGUUGCUUUCCGUCCCUUUGGCACCACAACAUGGAUCCAGACCGUAGUCACGUCUCCUGAUACACCAAGAUACGUCUUUAGAAAUGAAAGCAUCUUACCCUUUUCACCAUAUGAAGUCAAAGUUGGUGUAUAUAACAAUAAAGGAGAAGGGCCGUUCAGUUCAGUCACCACAGUUUUUUCAGCUGAAGAAGAGCCCACCAUAGCACCCUCUGGUGUAUCUGCAACCAGUCUGUCAUCCUCAGUCAUUGAAGUUUCCUGGAAUGCCAUUCCGUGGAAGAUGAGCAGUGGAAGGUUACUGGGUUAUGAGGUUAGGUACUGGAAUAACGGUGGAAAAGAAGACACUUCAAACAGAGUAAAAGCUGUAGGCAAUGAGACAUCAAUAAGAAUAACAGGUUUGAAGAGCAACUUAGCAUACUACACAGCUGUCCGUGCUUAUAACAGUGCUGGAGCAGGUCCCUUUAGUGCCACAGUAAAUGCUACCACAAAAAAGACACCACCCAGUCAACCACCGGGAAAUGUUAUAUGGAACGUUACAGACUCCAGAGUAAUUCUCAACUGGGAGGAAGUACGAGCUAUGGAGAAUGAAUCAGCGGUAACUGGAUAUAAGGUUUUCUACAGGACUAGCAGUCAGAAUAAUAUGAACGUGCUGAACACAGACAAGACAACAGCGGAACUUCUGCUCCAGUUUAAUGAAGAUUACAUUAUAGAAGUAAAAGCAACAACUGACGGUGGAGAUGGCACGAGCAGCGAUCAGAUCCUGAUCCCCAAACUGGCUAGUAUGGAUGCAAGAGGUUCCGGUCCAGCAGUCUCGAAUAUCCUCAGCAUAUCCAGCUUCUUACCAACAAUAUUUUUCUUCACUCUUAAUUCAGUGUUGUGAUGAUACAUUUUUCAUUCACUAGAAAGAAAAGAGAAUCA